AUGGCCACAUCGUCUGAUUUCAUAGGUAAGAACUGCCCCUACUGUGGAGCUGUGGACAGUCUGCAGGUGGAUGAGGCACUUGGUGAAGUUGCCUGCACAGAGUGUGCUCUUGUAGUGGCGAUGGGCCUUGAAGAGAAUGAACUCACACGGUUUAACAAGGAUGCCACGUAUGAUGAUGUGGACCGACACCGUGAACCAGAGAAUGAUGGAUUUAACGCCCAAACAUCUCAAAGUAUUGCCGCCGCGGCUUUAGCCUCCUCAGCGGGAACAGGCAGUGGAGUGAAUGUAUCUAAAGUAACACUUCACCCAGCCAUGUUGAAUUGUAUUCGUGGUCUACAGAAGAAGUCUGCUGUGCAGGAACAGGUGAUUGGACGGGCGGUGGAUCUUGCCAAACACGUUGUGGGUGGGCGACGGGCACGUGGACAACGCGUGGAGCGGCAGAAUGAUAUUGCCGCCGCGUGUUUUAUGAUUGCAGCUGAGCAGUUAAAUCAUCCAGUGCCCUUGGCAGAAUUGCGUUGUUUAGAUGCGUCUCUUGGGGAUGUGGAGUUUCGUCGGGCGGAGAUUGUGCGGGAAUUACACAUGGAGGAAGAGGAACGUCGGUUAAAGACCUGUUUUGUGGAUAACUUACUGACAACCUAUAUACUGAAAUUGGGAUUACAGGUCUCUCUCUAUCUUCCACAGUGUAAACGAUUGUUGGAGGCUAUACAACGCGUAGACACAUUUACACGGAUGGGAAUGGUGGAUAAAAUUAUUAUGGCUCUUCUGCUUUCUCGCACAUCACGUGGGUUUCAAUUAGAUGGGAAAUCAUCACUAGGGAAUAGCAACAGCAAAAGUAUUAAUGGUAGUGGUAGUACUGGUAAUAGUAGUCAUAGUAGUGAAGCUAAUGCACUUUCUACAGAAACAGUAUACGCUAAUUUUGCAGCUAGAGCCCACUUGGAUACUGGAAAGGUGAAGAAGGUAAUGCAGAUGGCAACAGAUAAUCUUAACGCCAUUGUGGUAGAGUUUAAUGCUGUUUCUACUGCAGAGACUAAUGGUGAUAAUAAUAAUAAUAAUAAUAAUAAUAAUAAUAAUAAUAAUAAU